GCCCAGGCGGGGCGGUGCCUACGGCGGCCGGGAGGGCCCGAGCGCGGCGGGCGCGGCGGCGGGAUGGAGUCGGUGGUCUUCAUCUUCUCGCUGAUCGACUGCUGCGCCCUCAUCUUCCUCUCCGUCUACUUCAUAAUCACACUAUCAGAUCUGGAAUGUGACUACAUCAACGCUAGAUCGUGCUGCUCCAAGCUCAAUAAAUGGGUGGUGCCUGAGGUGAUUGGCCAUGCUGUUGUCACAGUCCUAAUGCUUAUUUCAUUGCACUGGUUCAUCUUUCUCCUUAACCUGCCAGUGGCCACAUGGAAUAUAUAUAGGUACAUUAUGGUGCCAAGUGGAAACAUGGGAGUAUUUGAUCCCACAGAGAUCCAUAACCGAGGACAACUGAAAUCACACAUGAAAGAAGCCAUGAUUAAGCUGGGCUUUCAUCUGCUCUGUUUCUUCAUGUACCUUUACAGUAUGAUUCUGGCUUUGAUAAAUGAUUGAGAAGUUGAAAGAGAACCAUUAGCUGCCAAAUUGGGUCAUCACUCCAGUGACUGGUUGAGGAGCCACAGACACCUCCCGAACACACCCAGAUCAGUGUCGUCAUGCAGUAUAUUUUUCCUCUUUGAACAAGAAAUAUUUUUCUGUAUUUUUAACAUAAAAUAUUUUCAAAAGACGUUGGAUCUGUGUAGCAGUUGUUUUUGUUCCUUUACAAGCCAAACUGCUGGAGCUGCUGUUUCUGCAAGAUGAAAUCCUUGCUUACAGAAGUGACCUUGCAGGAAUUAAAAGGUGAUAAGGGAAACUUGUUUCAGCAGCAUGAGCUGCUAAGGAUGGUAGUUCCAGAAAACAUUUAAGUGCAGCAAUGCUAUCUGAUUCUUGCUGAGAGGUGUCAGGAUAAGACUCUGGCUGCCAAGCUGUCCUAUCAGAGCCUAAUUUGAAGCAGCACUUGGAACAGAUUUUGAAGUGGAACAGGAGCACAGCUUGCAUCUUUCUGUUGGUACUCUUUCCAGACAAAAAUCAAUGGAAUAAAAAUUACAUUUUCCUCCCUACCCCCCCAACCCGCAGCAACCUAUAUGAAGUCUUGUAUUUGGAUGGAUUAAGACCCCUUUGGAGGACAUGACACCUGUAAGAGUGCACAUAAACAAAAAACAUGAUUAAUACUUGCUUUUUCCCUUCAACUCCUAUUUUGUCACUGAAGUACAUCAUGGAGAUCCAGAUAACGAACAUAUUGCACUGGGGUGGAGUUGCUUAUAGAGCAGAAGACUAGCUGCAGUUGCUGCUCCCUGAACCUGCUGUUUGCAGAGCCAGUGGGGUGAAACUUGAGUCUGUCUAGCUCAGGGAAAGGGUCUGGUAACCCAUAACCUCCCUCAUCCCAAUUCUGAUGUGACUCUGCUUCAGUGAUACCAGCAAGUUCUUUUUGUGCAGCUCUUGCAUCGGUGAUUAGUGUAUAAACUUGAGUUUGUACCCUCACUGUCCAAUAACUGUCUUUAAGUUUUUUAUAUGUGCUUGCAAACAGGUCUCUUGGAACAAACACAUCAAUUAAAACACUUUUAAAAAGAUACACUUAUGUCAUUACGUCCAAAAAUUUAUUAUCUUUUUCUUCUUAAGUACUUGGGGUUUCAGUGUACAGCUGGAGUCAACAACUGUUUUCAGGGCUAGCCAUGAAGAGGCAACACUGAUGCUUUAUUGCUGUAGAUAAUCUUGUGUUCAGUGUUUGUUCUAGGAGAAGUUUGGCUUUAAAUUUUUGAUGGAUGGAGUCCAAGUUCAGCUGUGUUAAAGAUGAAAAACUGCUGAAAAUUGUGCUCAU